GCCUUACCUGAAGCGCGAGGAUUGCGAGGCAGUCAUGAUGUACUUCCUCCUUGGCCGGGCCCCGCCCCAGCAGCUGACGUCCCGGAGAUCGGGUCUGAGCCCGGUGGAGCAGAUCUAUCCCAUCGAGGUGACUUCCGUGGGAAUGCCAGAGGGAACAGAGCAUUUGGCCGUGGGGCGUGGCUCCUGGAAGCUCCCAUAUGCCAUGUCGGCGGCCAACCGAACGCUGUCCGUACAGCUCUUGCAGCCGAUCAACGUGACGAAGGUCACGCUCUCGUUUGGGGAGGGAGUCAUGUGGUCGUGGAAGAUCAAGUUUGCGAAUUCAGAAAUCGCCAAUGCAAUCCAUGGCUCUGGCCGCGUCCGCACCAUGAGCGUGAACUUCACUCAGUGCACACAGCUGACGAUCCUCCCGAUUUCUGAGAGGGACCGGCUCGCUGCUGUGAACAGCACCGGCUUGCCCUUUGCCGCCACGUCGGGGGAACACGCGGUGCUGGUCAAAGUCGAGGUGACCGGCAAGAAGUCUCGAGCGGAACAUGCCGCGGAGGUCGUGCAGCGGAUGUCCCAGGACCUCGUGGCGCCAGCACCAAACGAAGUGAGUGGAGAAUUCAAGGAAGGCACGACCGCAUAG